UUCCUUUUGUCUUAUUUAUUUGCUCUCACACUUCGUCAUGCUUCUUUCGGCUCAAGAAGAAAUGAGAUACACCCAAAGAUGUGCACCAUUUCGCUGUGGAAAUCUGAAGACGAUUGGCUUUCCAUUCGCGAAUAACACAAACCCCGAAUGCGGUUUGUUCACAGUAGAUUGUCGGGAUCAGAAUCCGACGAUCCAACUGGAGAACGGUGGAGGACCAUAUGAAGUUCUAAACAUCUCACCAGAUAACACCAUUAUACGUAUCUUUGACGAACAGCUUUCGGAGUACUUGAAAUCCAAUAGAUGCGACCACUUAACCAAUUUGGCUUUUCCCAACUCUUCGUUCAUCUCUUUUGAAAUCGCCACACCCAAAAAGACCUUUUUUAAAUGCAAUCGAACUCCCGAUAUUUCUCCCCCUACAAAUUUUAAAAAAAUGAGCUUCAAUGACCAUAAUACCUACUUUAGUAUUUCAAGCGACAGUGUUCCCACUUCUCUUUCUAGAUGUUCAAUUAUUCAGCUCCCAAAGAAUCUGAGUCUACAUCAUCCUCCGUCGCCAGCGAUGAUGACCUGUUUAGGCUUUUAACCCCUGAGUUCGACCUUCGGGUGCGUGUCUCUGAGGAUUGUUACAAAUGUUAUCAGAGAGAAGGUCAAUGUAAGCCCGACUACAACGGAAAACUUUAUUGUGACGAGGCAGAGAAAGGGAUCAGUAUAAAAAAGAAACUGGCGAUAGCAGCAUUAGCCUCUUUAUCUGCUGGAAUAAUUGGAGUUGUAAUGGUUAUAAUCUGCUGCUUGAUCAAGGGAAAGUUCUCAUCCAAUAAAAUUAUUUAUUUUUGGAAAAAUGAAAGUCUAAACCAUAAGACUAUCAGGGCCUUUCUAACGAACCAUGGACCUCUUGCUAUUAGAAGAUACAGUUACUCAGAUAUCAAGAAAAUGACCAACUUCUUUAGAGAUGAAUUAGGCGAAGGGGGCUAUGGUGGCGUCUACAAGGGACAGUUACCAAAUGGUUGUCUCGUAGCAGUGAAGGUUCUGAAAGAAUCAAGAGGUGAUGGAGAGGAAUUCAUUAACGAGGUUGCAAGCAUUAGUAGAACCUCCCAUGUCAACAUUGUCUCUCUUAUAGGCUUUUGCUUUGAGGGUUCUAAAAGAGCUCUCAUCUACGAGUUUAUGCCUAAUGGAUCUCUUGAGAAGUUCAUAUAUAAAGAAAGUUAUUCGAAGGCUGGCCGGCUAUUGGAAUGGGAGACACUAUACAAGAUUGCACUUGGCAUUGCUCAAGGAUUAGAGUAUUUACAUAAAGGUUGCAACACACAAAUCUUGCAUUUUGACAUAAAGCCUCACAAUAUUUUGUUGGAUGAGAACUUUUGCCCAAAAAUAUCUGAUUUUGGCCUUGCAAAAAUAUGCCCUAGAGAAAAGAGUAUUAUAUCAAUGUUGGGUGCAAGAGGGACUGCAGGAUAUAUAGCUCCGGAAGUAUUUUGUAGAAAUUUUGGAGGGGUCUCUCACAAGUCAGAUGUUUAUAGCUACGGAAUGAUGGUUUUUGAAAUGGUUGAAGGAAGAAGGAAUAUAGAUGUCGAGAUUGAUUGUGCCAGUGAAAUAUAUUUUCCCCAUUGGAUUUAUAAGCGACUUGAACAAGAUGAAGAUCUAGGUCUACAGGACCUUAUGAAUGAAGAGGAUCACGAAAGUGCAAGGAAGAUGAUAAUAGUAAGUUUGUGGUGCAUCCAGACUGACCCUUCAAACCGGCCGUCGAUGAGUAGAGUUGUUAAUAUGUUGGAAGGGAGUCUCGGAUCCUUGCAAGUACCACCCAAGCCUUACUUGUCUUCACCGUCAAGAUCGCCAGAAGAUUCUCCGACAAUGGUGUCAAUACAGUAUGAUUCUAUAAUUCCCUAAAAUGCAUCUUUAUUUUUAUUUUAUUUUUUUGGAAGGAAGUUUUAACGUUA